CUCAGAAAAGCCACCCUCACUCAUCAUCACUAUGGAGAGCAUCACUGUUUUUGCCAUCUUUGCUCUUGUAGCCACCGCAUGGGCUGCCCCUCCACCUGUCGGUGAUCAAGCAGGGGGAAGAAAGGUGGACUGUUUCAAAUACAACUCAAAAGGCUCUGCGUUUGCAUGCCCAAGGCACCUGAACCCAGUAUGUGGCACAGAUCAUCGCACUUACAGUAACGAAUGUAUGCUUUGCAUGCUAACUCAAAACAAAGGAUUUCCAGUCAGAAUACUUCAAGAUAAUGAAUGUGAUAUUGAGUGCCCCCAAUAUUCUGAAAUGUGUACCAUGGAAUACAUACCUCUCUGUGGAUCUGAUGGAAAGAAUUAUAGCAACAAAUGUUUGUUUUGCAAUGCUGUUAUGAGGAGCCGUGGUGCACUUUUUUUGGCAAAGCAUGGAGAGUGCUAGUCUCCCUGAUGCUCAAGGGCACCAAGUUCCCUUUGGCAGAUUCCACAUAGAGAACCAAUCCCUCUUGGAUGGCUAUGGGAGCAAAUGCAUGAAUCUGAUCCUUCAAUAAAAGAUUCUCAGCAGAAAGCUUU